CUAAGGUCCGGUCUAUCGUUCGUCCCCGGGACCCGAUGUGUGAGACAUCUCACAUGAUGUGUUGCGCGGUAUGGAACAUUCAGGGCUGAGGUCUAUUCAGAGUCUCAGAGCAUUGCAUAAACGACACAGCUCGGGCUUCGGCGUCCGACAUUAAAAAAACCGGUGGACCGCGGCUCGGGGUCUUCGGGUUCGGCUCGGCACCGAACCUUUCUUCGUCCCAGGGACUGAUGAGAGUUGGCAAAGGGACAGGGAAUGCAGUAGUCAUUGUAUCGACAGUGCGGUGCUAUCCUCCAUCGUGCAAGCGCAAUCGACCCCAAUCUUAAGUCCUUACCACCGUCCGUGUGCUUACCAAUUCAUUUUCACGCCGGGCAUAGCUGACCUCGGCCUGUCCUUUGUUACAGUCCCAGAUUCAGGCCCCCAUGGUUUCCCAAAACGAGGGCGACAGCCAAAUCAGACAAUAUGUGGCGACCCAGAAAGGCGGCCCCUUCGCCGUGACACACGCGCCGUAUCCUACCCCGGGUCCGAACGAGCUGUGCAUCCGUAAUGUCGCGGUCGGAUUGAACCCGCUGGACUGGAAGAACCUCUACCACGGCGAGAUGGUGAAGGCCUGGCCCGAGAUCUUCGGUAUCGACACAGCAGGCAUUGUGGUAGCGGUGGGCGAGAAUGUGACUGCCUUCAAGCCCGGCGAUGCCGUCAUGAGCCUUUCCGGGCACGGCGGCCGAGCCGGUGCGUUUCAGGACGUCACUACCGUGCCGGCGAACUUUGCCACCAGGAAGCCGGUCGACUGGACUUUUGAAGAGGCCUGCUCUGUUCCUAUCUGUUACCUCACGGCGGCGGCAGCCGUUGCCAAGGGCUUGGGCGUUUCUCUGUUCCAGGACCAAGCCGCCUCAAACGCCCUGCCCCUUAACAGUAUCCUCGUUCUGGGCGGCAGCUCUGGAGUUGGCGCAUCGGCGGUGCAGUUACUGCGAGCUGCGCUCCCGCAUGCCGCAAUCCUAACGACCAACUCGCGCAAGCACAAUGUCCACGUCUUGAGCCUCGGGGCCACGGCAUGCAUCGAUCGCAAUGAACCAGACAUUGUUGCGGCCAUCAGAGCCGCUUCGCCCACGGGGCAGGGAGUGGACGCUAUCCUCGAUGCCGUAGCUGGCGUGCCAGACAACGGACAGCUAUUCGAGACACUAAGAUCUGAUGGCCCCAGAUUGUACAGCCAGGUCUUUACAGGCACUCACCAGCUGGCCAUUCCCGAGAGGGUGUCAGCACAAACGGUUUUCGGUCGCAUGGUGUUUCAGAUGCCGGGUGGAUUCUGGGCAAUGGAGAAGCUUUCAGAGAUGGUGUCCCGCGGACAGUUCAAGCUCCCGUUACGGGUUGUGGUCGUUGGUAAAGGCCUUGAAGCCAUUGGCAGUGGACUCGAGAUUCUGAGGGCCGGCGUCAGUGGAACGAAAUUAGUUGUGUCCUUGUAGCUCAAAUAUUCUUUUACGGCAUUGCUGCAUGCUGAAACCAUACAUGAAACCAUA